GUGCUCUUCCUUCAAACCAGCGCGCACACAGCUCCGCGGAACCUGUGGGCCGCGGCUGGGGUUCCUGCCGGAAUUAGCCGGCGGCGCACUCGGACAUGGCUGCGCCUAUACUGAAGGGUGUUCGUGAGCUGAUGAGGCUUGUGGACUUGGCGCUGGUCCCGCGGAGACAUCGACAUAAGAAGAAAUGGGCUGCCACCGAACCCAAAUUCCCUGCCAGUCAACUGGCUCUGCAGAAUUUUGACAUGACCUACAGUGUGCAGUUUGGGGAUCUUUGGCCAUCUAUCCGUGUCAGUCUCCUCUCAGAGCAGAAGUAUGGUGCUCUGGUCAAUAAUUUUGCUGCUUCAGAUCAUGUGAGUGCUAAGUUGGAGCAGCUGAAUGCCAAGGAUUUUGUGAAUGAAGCCAUCUCCCACUGGGAUCCGGAGGCUGAGAGUGACCAUUCUGUAGCUCCAUCCACAGCCUGCAGUCCGAACCUUCGAUGCUUCACUUUUGCCAGAGGGGAUGUCAGCCGCUUCCCUCCUGCCAGACUUGGCAGCCUGGGUGUCCUGGACUACUACCUGAUGGAUGCCGCCUCCUUGCUACCUGUCCUGGCUCUUGGCCUUCACCCCGGGGACACUGUGCUUGACCUGUGUGCAGCCCCUGGGGGAAAGACACUAGCGUUGCUUCAAACUCUGUGUUGCCGCAACCUUGCUGCCAACGAUCUGUCCACUUCUCGGACAGGUAGACUACGGAAGGUCCUUCAAAGCUAUGUGCCUCAAGGUAUCAGGGAAAGGAAUCAAAUUCGAGUCACUUCUUGGGACGGAAGGAAGUGGGGAGAACUGGAAGGGGACACUUAUGACCGAGUACUGGUAGAUGUGCCCUGUACCACAGACCGCCACUCGCUUCAUGAGGAAGAGAAUAACAUUUUUCAACGGUCAAGGAAGAAGGAGCGACAGAUGUUGCCUAUGCUGCAAUUGCAGCUACUAGCGGCUGGACUUCUUGCCACCAAACCAGGAGGCCACGUUGUCUAUUCCACUUGCUCACUGUCACAUUUACAGAACGAGUAUGUGGUGCAAGGCACCAUUGAGCUUCUGGCCAACCAAUACAGCAUCAAGGUUCAGGUGGAAGACCUGUCUCACUUCCGAAAACUUUUCAUGGACACAUUCUGUUUCUUUCAAUCCUGCCAGGUUGGCGAGCUGGUAUUGCCAAACCUGAUAGCCAAUUUUGGGCCUAUGUACUUCUGCAAAAUGCGUAGGCUGACAUAGCAUCACCCUGUUCCUGAAGUAGGAAGACAAAGGGUGUAUUCUGUUGGAGGAACCAGAAACCAAGACCAUUGGCAGAUACACACUGUGGAUCCUGUCUCCAUCUUCCAGUUUUUAUGAAGACAGUUUUAAGCAGUAGGAAUUAGGAGUUUGUAUGUCCUGAUGUCCAAUUGUGGAGCAUCAGCAGGUUUCUAGCUCACUUAUACCUCUGCCCCGCCUCCACAUCUGUGCUAAAGGUUGCUACCCUGUUUGAGGGUUAGCAGGAGGAACGAAUGAGCAGGCCUACACUAUAAGCUGUAAACUUGGGAAGAAGCAGUUAGCCAAUAAAAUUGUUGAUGCUCCAUAGAUCUGGGGCUAUUAUUGGGGGCUUCAUGUCAGUCCAGGUCCUGUUUUAGUUCUGUUUGUUCCCAGCUGCAGCUGCUGAAUACUAGCUCCAAGGUGCCUGAGCCUGGUUACAGGCCUCUGGUUAUAGCUCCUCCCUCACACUUGAGGUAAGUUCCUCUUGAUUAGUUGACAGGCCCAGCAAGCCUUCCUAGUUCCCCGUGAUCUAAUUUGAAGAGCAAGUAACUAAAUAUGUUAAGCCUGUGCAUGAUAAUCUUCUUACUCAUAUUGAGAAAGCUCUCCUGAGCUGAAUAAUUCUGACCGUUCCUUCUGCUGUCAGUGACACUACUGUGUGGCUGGAGAAACUGCUUCUCCUAUAGGGAUGUCACACUCUUGUGCAUUUCUUCCUUUGUUCCUUCUUCUAGCAGCAAACAUGGCAUGAGCUCCUGUGGGACAGGGAGCUAGAGAGCUGUUAAGAGUAUUUGGGAACUCACCUCAUUUUGCUGAAGUAUCUGGGCAUCUCCUAAUGUUUUGCUUUGUGGUACUAGAGAUUGAACUGAGGACCUUAUGCAGUUUUUGUUCUUGUUUCUAAUCUGUGGCUGAGCUCUGGUGCCUGUCCUUUAGCCCACUUCCAAAUCCCUCAGUGCUUUUCCCAGCAUCACUGGAAUUCACUUCUCACAAUGUGCUUGAGGGCAACAUUACAUAAUUUACUGAUAGCAUGACGGUUAUGUAGUUAUAUUUUUGUAACAUUAGCCUUAAAAAAGAUAACCUUUAUUCUAGGAACCAGCCUACAAGCUCAGACCUCACCAAGGGGUGACGAGGAUGAAAAAUAGACACAGAAUCAGGUUAAAAUCUGGGGGGCCAGGGAACUCACGUUUCCCUUCUGCAUAGAGCCCCAAGUGACUGGCAAACCUUGGCUUUAUUUAGUCAGACACGGGCACAAGCAAUUAGAGUUACACAGGAUUCAUCUGUCUCCCUUCUACCAUGGUACUUGUCAAACAGUCUCAGGUGUUUUUACUUUUCCCUGCAGUUGUCAGCCCUCUUUCUUAGUGCUCACUGAAGAAACCAAUUAGGCCUCAGACUUCCCAGCUGGUCACCCACACUUUAUGGCAGAGAUAUUAAAACUUGCUCAUGGGCUGGGGAUUUAGCUCAGUGGCUCCUCACCUGCCCUGAAAGCGCAAGGUCCUGAGUUUGAUCCCUGGUACUCCAAAAACAAAACAAACUUAUGAUCCUUCUGCCUCAGCCUCCCAGAGUAAUGCGAUUACAGGUGUGUGCCACCAUGCUUGACUUCCAUCAGUUUUUAAUGUGUUUAUUAAGGUUUUGUUUAAUUUUUUGGUCAGCGCUAGAGAUUGAAUGGAGGUCCUUGUGCAUCCCAAGCAAGUGCUGUAGCACUAAGCUACCUUCCCAGCUCUAAUGAGUUUUGGUAAUUGUUUUUCUUUUCCUUUUCUUUUUUCCAGUACCAGGGAUUGGACUCAGGACCUUGCACUUUCGAGGCAGGCAAGGUGCCACUGAGCUAAAUCUCCAGCCCAGUAAUUGUGUAUAAUAGUGUACCCAUGAUCACCAUCAAGAAGUAGAAAUUGGGCCGGGGAUUUAGCUCAGUGGUUUUGCUGCCUGCUGCGCAAGCGCAAGAGCCCGAGUUCAAUCCCCGGUACUAAAAAAAAAAAAAGUAGAAAUUAAUUCCAUCUCCUAAAAUAUUUCCUUUUGUUUCUUUGCAUUCAUUCCCUUCUGUUCCAGGUCACAGGUAACUACUGAUUUUUUGUCACUAUAUUUUGCCUUUUUUUUUUUUUGGUACCAGGGCUUGAACUCAGGAUCUUGCGCUUGCGAGGCAGGUGUGGUGCCACUGAGCUAAAUCCCUGGACCUAUAUUUUGCCUUUUAUAGAAUUUGAUAUUGUGGAUGAUAGAGUUGAUUUGCUACUGGAUUGCCAGAACUUCAUAUUUAUCUUUGAGACACCUGAAUGUCUAGCUUUUCCACUCUUGGACAAAAUAAGGGUAUUGGGAUUUACAAUGUCUGCUUAAAAUCUGACUGUCCUCUGGUAGCCCCCAGGAUUACUUUCUUUAAUGAUAGUUUGCAACUGGUCUAGCUGCUUAUGUGUGUGUGGCUUGAUUACAUGGUCAGAGGAGUGUGAAAACCUUCCUGGGAACUUUCUUUGUAAGCAGCACAGGUUUAUUUUUAUCUCACAGUUUGUAGAGAUUUCAGUCAUAGUCUGCUGGCUCCAAGGCAAGGUGGCAUGGCAGAGGGGCACUGCAGAGAAACAGUCCAUGGCAGUACAGGCAGGAAGCAGCACUGAAGCCUGCCUUCUUUCUUUCCCUUUAUAUUGGGAACUUCUGAUUUGAGCUUUCCCAAAGCAAGGAUUCUUCACACAGAUCAUAGUGAUUCAGGCACAGACCCCCUCUCAGUGCAGUCCACAUGUGAAUAAGGGCCACUGGGAUCUUGUACAUGGGAUGUCUCAGAUUCCUGAUGCUUACCUGCAUAGUCUUUAUCUUGCUGCUCUGUAUCCUUUGCCUUUAAAUUAAAAGCUGAGGGGCUGGGGAUUUAGCUCAGUGGUUCUGCCGCCUGCCUCGAAAGUGCAAGGACCCGAGUUCGAUCCCCAGAACCAAAAAAAGAAAAAAAGCUGAGAUGACUAUACUCUGUGGAUGCUGGUGAAUCUUUUCAAAUACUUGACCUUGGGAAAUGAAACAUAUAGUAUAAUCUUUUGUGUUGGACUUCUUCAAGUUAGUGCUGUAUAAUGUUUUUGAAAAUACUAUUGAUGAUUUGUUCCUUUUUAUUGUUGACUUGUGUUCCAUAGAUAUAGAUAAAUCACAGUUUGUGAA